AUGGAGGGAGAGAGGAAGAACAACAACAAACGGUGGUAUUUUACUCGAGAACAGCUGGAAAAUAGCCCAUCCCGUCGUUUUGGUCUGGACCCAGAUAAAGAACUUUCGAAUCGCCAACAGGCGGCCAAGCUGCUCCAGGACAUGGGGCAACGUCUUAACGUGUCACAAUUGACUAUCAACACUGCUAUAGUAUACAUGCAUCGAUUCUACAUGAUUCAGUCCUUUACACAGUUCCAUCGAAAUUCUGUGGCUCCAGCAGCCUUGUUUCUAGCAGCUAAAGUAGAGGAGCAACCAAAAAAAUUGGAACAUGUCAUCAAAGUAGCACAUACUUGUCUCCAUCCGCAGGAGUCACUUCCUGAUACUAGGAGUGAGGCUUACCUGCAGCAAGUUCAAGAUUUGGUGAUUUUAGAAAGCAUAAUUUUACAGACUUUGGCAAGCAAGGACUUAGCACAGACUUCUUACUUCAUGGCAACCAACAGCCUGCAUUUGACCACAUUUAGCCUGCAGUACACACCUCCUGUGGUGGCCUGUGUCUGCAUUCAUCUGGCUUGCAAGUGGUCCAACUGGGAGAUCCCAGUCUCAACUGACGGGAAGCACUGGUGGGAGUAUGUUGAUGCCACUGUGACCUUGGAACUUUUAGAUGAAUUGACACAUGAAUUUCUACAGAUUCUGGAGAAAACUCCCAACAGGCUCAAACGCAUUUGGAAUUGGAGGGCAUGCCAGCCUGCCAAGAAAACAAAAGCAGAUGACCGAGGAGCGGAUGAAAAUACUUCAGAGCAGACAAUCCUCAAUAUGAUUUCUCAGAGCUCUUCAGACACAACCAUUGCAGGUUUAAUGAGCAUGUCAACUUCUACCACAAGUGCGGUGCCUUCCCUUCCAAUCUCUGAAGGGUCAUCCAGCAAAUUAAACAGUGGGGAGAUGUUGCAGGGCGAACGUUGGCUGUCCUCUCAACCUCCUUUUAAACUAGAACCUGCUCAGGGUCAUCGGACUAGUGAGAAUUUAGCACUUACAGGAGUUGAUCAUUCCUUGCAACAGGAUGGUUCAAAUGCAUUUAUUUCCCAGAAACAGAGUAGUAAGAGUGUGCCAUCAGCUAAAGUGUCGCUGAAAGAAUACCGUGCAAAGCACGCAGAAGAGUUGGCUGCCCAGAAGAGGCAAUUGGAGAACAUGGAGGCCAAUGUUAAGUCACAAUAUGCAUAUGCCGCCCAAAAUCUCCUGUCUCACCAUGAUAGCCAUUCUUCAGUGAUUCUGAAAAUGCCCAUAGAGGGCUCAGAAAACCCUGAGCGGCCUUUUCUGGAAAAGGCUGACAAAACAGUUCUCAAAAUGAGAAUCCCAGUGGCAGGUGGAGAUAAAGCUGCCUCUUCAAAACAGGAGGAGAUAAAAAUGCGCUUUAAAGUUCAUGCCACAGCUGACAAGCACAAUUCUGUAGAUGACAGUGUCUUAAAGAGCCGAGAGCACAAAGAAAAGCACAAGACUCACCCAUCUAAUCAUCAUCAUCAUCAUAAUCACCACUCUCACAAGCACUCUCACUUACAGCUUCCUGCUGGUACAGGGAACAAACGUCCAGGUGAUCCAAAACAUAGUAGCCAGACAAACACCUUAGUACACAAAACCUAUAGCUUGUCUAGUUCUUUCUCCUCUUCAAGUUCUACUCGUAAAAGAGGCCCCCCUGAAGAGACCGGAGGGGCAGUGUUUGAUCAUCCAGCCAAGAUUGCCAAGAGUACUAAAUCCGCUUCCAUAAAUUUCUCCUUCCCUCCUCUUCCUACAGUGGCCCAGUUGCCUGGGCAUAGCUCAGACACAAGUGGACUUCCCUUUUCACAGCCCAGCUGUAAAACUCGAGUUCCUCAUAUGAAACUGGAUAAAGGCCCCACUGGGGCCAAUGGUCACAGUACAACCCAGACAAUAGACUAUCAAGAUACUGUGAAUAUGCUUCACUCCCUGCUCAGUGCCCAGGGUGUUCAGCCAACUCAGCCCCCAGCAUUUGAAUUUGUUCAUUCUUAUGGUGAAUAUCUGAAUCCACGAGCUGGUGGAAUCUCCUCCAGAUCUGGCAAUACAGACAAACCCCGGCCACCACCUCUACCAUCAGAACCUCCUCCACCACUUCCACCCCUUCCUAAGUAAAGACAAAAAAAAAAAAAGAGAAAGGAAACAUACGUUUUUUUUUUUUUUUUUGACUACUGAUUCUGGACUAUGAAAAUUACUUCCCUUAUGAAAUAUGUCACCCUUCUUGGACUAGGGAAUAAAUUGAUAUUGCAACAUAGGUGGGAGGGUGGUAGAGGGCCUUGGUUAUUAUAUCUGCUGCCUC